UUAAUAUUGAAAAUGGAGAGUCUCAGAAGGGGAUUCAAGAAGAUGGUCCAGUUUAUCAAACUAUGGAUCAAUAAAUUCUUCUUGUUUAUCAAACAACACAAGUUUAAAUCAGCCAUAGCUGCUAUUGCAAUAGUGGCUCUUCUUGUGAAGAGACUAAUGAGGAAGUAUUUAUAUGCCAGUCAGUUCUUAAAUUUGGUAUCUGAAGAUAAAGUUUUCUCAGUCUUUGUAUAUGGAAUGUUCCUGAGUUUCAAGAUGAAAGGGUCCAGCACUCUGUAUUUCACUGAUAGAUCAAUGCUGACAGACUCUGAUCUGUUCCAUCUCUUCAAUAAGCAUCGGAUAAAAUUUGCCACUUCACCUAUCGAAGAUAGGCUUAUUGGCACAAUAGUAGUUGGAGUUAUUCUCCCAGCUCUAGUCAUGGUGCUAGCAAUGAAGAAUUUGAUGAUCCCUAAGAAAAACUCAAAUCAUCUCUUCCAAGGGGACGAGAACAUGGUUCUCUUCUCUGACAUUGGAGGCAAUGAAUUUGCUAAGAGCUCUCUACAAGAGAUCAUUGAUUACAUUAAGAGUCCAGAUGAUUACAGUAGUUAUGGAAUCAGACUUCCUAAAGGAGUGCUUUUGUAUGGCCCACCAGGAACAGGUAAAACUUUAUUGGCUAAAGCAGUUGCUAAUGAAUGUGGUGCUAACUUCCUUUACACUUGAGGAUCAGAUUUCGUUGAAAUUUUUGUAGGUCAAGGCCCAAAAAGAAUCAGAGAGAUGUUUAAAGAGGCAAGGUCAUACAAAAAGUGUAUCAUCUUUAUCGAUGAAAUAGACUCUCUUGGUUAUGAAAGAAACAAGCAGUCUCUCUGUAAAGAAGCUGAUAAUACACUCAACCAACUUUUGUCUGAGAUGGAUGGAUUCCAAGAAAGCAAGGGCAUCACAGUUAUUGGAGCUACCAACCAGCCUGAUAUUUUAGAUAAGGCGCUUCUCCGUCCUGGUAGAUUUGAUAGGAAAAUCAAAAUUAAUUUGCCUGAAAAGGCUGAGAGAUGUGAUAUUUUAAAUAUUCAUCUUAGUAAAAGAAUGACUGACGUCACUCAAGAAGGAGUCCAAGAAGUCGCAGAAAUUACCAAAAAUUUCUCAGGAUCUGAGCUAGAAAACAUCGUCAAUGAAGCUUCCUUCGCUGCUUAUAGAAGAGCAAGGAAGAAUAUCAGACAAGGAAAAAUUAGGAAUGAUGACAUUAAGGAAUGAGCACAAAGAGCUAUUCAAGAAAAAGAGUCUCUUGAGGGCAAUAAAAGAAAUUCCCAGGCUGACUGGACAAGCAUAUACAAGAACCUGAUUAUUAAUCCUCAUGCGCUUUCUAAAUAAGUAUAAUC